UUUCUUCAUGUACUGUCAAAUUGAGGCUGCAAGAUACAUUUCUAAGAAGAGCUAGCAACACCCAAAGAGAUCUCGGUUGAAGGGAGGGCCUACAAAACUGAUGAAUGGAUGAACACACCAACAUCGAUACUUGACGCCGUACCUCGAAAGCUACAUCUCCAAACGAAUCAUCCCCUCACCAUCACCCGCAAGCUCAUCGAGUCUCGUUUUCCUGGCUACAAAACCCACAACGAUCUAUUCCCGAUUGUCUCCACAGCCCAGAACUUCGACUCUUUAGGAUUUCCCGCAGAUCACGUUGGCCGGAAUCGAACUGAUACCUACUAUCUGAACAAGGAGACGGUAUUACGCACCCACACUUCAGCCCAUCAGGCCGACACCUUUCGCGCAAACGAAUCAGAAGGUUACCUGAUCAGUGCAGAUGUCUACCGUCGCGAUGCCGUCGACCGUUCCCACUACCCCGUGUUCCAUCAGAUGGAAGGUGCACGUACAUGGGACCGCUCUCAGGCCGAAAAAGAAGGGAAGUCCCUCGCAGAGAUUAUCUGGGCCGACGUUGAGAAGAUCCCAAAGCACGAUGUUGUAGUUGAAGACCCGAAUCCCACCAUUCACGCUGAGCGCAAUCCUCUCCAGGCGACGCAUUCAGCAGACGAGGUCGAGGCGAUGGCCGCGCAUCUAAAGCGCAGUCUGGAAGACAUGGUGAUCACGAUUUUCAACGCUGCGAAGUCCGCUACAGACGCUCCAGAAGCGUCCUCUGAGCCUUUAAAGAUCCGUUGGGUCGAGGCGUACUUUCCCUUCACCUCGCCAUCCUGGGAACUCGAGGUCUGGUGGCAAGGUGAGUGGCUUGAAGUGCUAGGGUCUGGCAUUGUGUCCCAGCCGAUUCUCAACAAUGCAUCCGUCCCGGACCGUGUGGGUUGGGCGUUCGGCAUUGGUCUAGAGCGCAUCGCCAUGCUGCUCUACUCUAUUCCUGACAUUCGCCUCUUCUGGUCCAAAGACAGCAGGUUUCUGAACCAGUUCAGCGAACAAGGGCCCAUCAAGACCUUCGUGCCAUUCAGCAAAUACCCCGCGUGUUUCAAGGAUGUCAGUUUUUGGCUGCAGGCUAAGAAGAACGCGGCUGGUGGUGCGGGCGCCGCCGCUUCACACGACAAUCAACCACCGGCAACAACACCCUCGAAAACUGCACCUAGCUCGAUUGUGCCGCCCGCUGCUCCUGCGCCUCCGACCCCGUCAUUCCACGAGAACGACGUUAUGGAGAUUGCGCGCGAGGUCUGCGGCGAUCUGGUCGAGGACGUUAGGCUAGUGGAUGAAUUCGAGCACCCCAAGACUGGCCGCAAGAGCAUGUGCUACCGCAUCAACUACCGCAGUCUAGAGCGCACGCUCAAGAAUGAGGAGACGAACAAGUUGCACGAAAAGCUGUGCUCGCUUCUUGUCGGCAGACUGGGCGUAGAGUUGCGAUAGUGCUCGCCCUACUGCUUGCAGCUGCGGCAUUGAGACAGCCUUGCGCAUGCCACCAAGAAGCUUAGCAUCUCGGCUGCAGCGGCAGCUUUGGAGGAUACCAAUCACAUCUAAGGACCCAGGAUCUGCAGUAGACCUCCGAUGCAUCGCGAGCGCAUACUGCGCCUGUCCCAAGCCCUCCCUCCGCCAGGAGCGAUAUAUCAUGUACACAUUCUGUAAGACUAAGUGUAACCCCAGCCUAAACGCACUGUACUAUAUGUAAAGCAA